GCCUUUAGGCCUUAAUGGAGACGUCACCAUGCAGGAGAAAAGUAGCCCCGAAGGUCAGCGGCAGUGCACAGAGUGUGGAACCAGCUUCAGCCUACCUCAGUCAGACCAAACCAAACAGACGGAUGAAACCAACAGCGAGUCCGGGUGUCCAUCCUGCCGAAUGGCCGGCGGCCUCAUCAACGGUCAGCAGGCCCAGAAGAGCAUCAGCUUGGACCCUCACAGCUGCUCCGUGUGCAACAAAACCUUCAUCUCGUCUGCGCAUUUGACCCUUCACCUUGCCUCUCACAACAAGGAGAGGAGGUUCAGGUGCAACACUUGUGGGAAGUACUUCCACCAGCCCUCGCACCUCGUCGCCCACGAGGCCAUCCACAGCGGGAACCGGCCUUUUAAAUGCCCCGAUUGCGGCAGGGCAUUCGGCCGCGCCUCGCAUCUGAAGACGCAUCGGCGACUUCACACGGGCGAGAAACCUUACAAGUGUUCUUGCUGCGACAAGGCCUUUGCGCAAAAAUCGGGGCUCCUCUCGCACGUCCGCCUUCACACCGGCGAGCGCCUCUACAGGUGCGAGGAGUGCGGCGCCUCCUUCGGCUCUCUGCCGCUUCUCCUCUCGCAUAAAGCCGAGGAGGCCGCUCGGCAGGGGAAAACGCCUCACGCGCCUCGUCCUGAUGGCGCUGCCAACGACAUCAAAUGCGGCGUCUGCUGCCGUACCUUCAUCCGCUCCUCCUACAUCAGACUUCAAGUCCACUUGGAGAAGGGGCUGCGGCCUUAUCACUGCAAAGUGUGCAACAAGACCUUCAUCAAGAUGGACACCUUCAUCGCCCACUGCGAUAAACACCUGAAGCAGAAAGGGGAAAAAAGCGACGAAGAGAGCGUGGUGAAACCGCCGAUGUUCAUCCCUCUGUCCAAGCCGGCGCCACCGCCGGAGGCCGCCGAGCCUUUGUUUUCCGCUGACGUCACGACACGAUCCAAGGCCAAGUCCAAAAGCUAAACAUGAUCAAGAUGCAUCAAAGUGUCUCAAGUUUUGGCCAAUAUUUUAUAUUUGGUUUUAAUUAUUCCAACUCUACUCAAAUAUGUUGUUCUUUAAAUGCUAUCGCUAAGCUAGCGGUGUGUCGGUCAUGAACGAACGUGUCAAAAGAACUAGUUGUGAACGAAACGAACGAGGUCACCGCCCCUUUAAAUACCCGUUCAGUCCUUUCAGUUGCAAAUGCUUUUAUUUGAUUGGCUGGAGAGUCAGUUCACCGAUCCUUUUUUCGAAGGGCGGGACUUUCUGCGUGCUGCCCUAUCGUCGCUCCUCGCUCUGAAUGUGGGUGGGGUUAGCUGAUUGAAACACGGAGACGGAGAGAUCGACCGACACUCGUCGGCAGUUCAUUCGAGACCGACAUUUGAGUCGGAACGGACUGACUCGAUGCGGCUGACCGGGUUUAUUCACAAGGGUUAAUGACCAAUUGACCGUAAUGAACGGAUCUUUUUUAUCGAACGGUUUUGCCCACUACGACGCUAAUACGCUAGCUACAAAUUGUAAUAAAUAAAAGGGAUUUUUAAGAGCAGUAAAGUGGAAAUAAUGAAAAAUAAUACAAAAUAUAAGUGUAGAUAUUAAAUAAGGAAAAGUAAAGCAAGGACAUUUAACAUGAGUAUAAUAAGUGCUGGAUGGAAUCCAAUUUAUAAAUUAAGUCAUAAUUUAUGGAUGAUGAUCACUGAAUUAAAUAUAUCGCUUCAUAAUGUUGGAAAUGGCGUCAAUGGUGGAAUUGUCGGUUUCUUGUCCAGAUUAUUUUUUAAUAUUUGUCCAUUGAACUUGUCAUAGAUUCUAUAGUUGCCUUAUUAUAUAUAUAUAUAUAUAUAUAUAUAUAUAUAUAUAUUUGUUCCGCUUCUUUUAAAACUGCUACUGCGUUUCCAAUAGCACCGUUAGCAACAUAUUAGCUUCCUGUCCAUCCAUUUUGCACAGUUAUGUAAAGGGAAGAAAGGCAAGAAUAUGAAAAUUAAUUUGGGACUUUUUAACAUGAAUGAUUUUGGUCUUAACUGUAUCUUGUACUGUAUAAGGAAACCAAGUAGUGUUUUGCAUUGCCCAAAGUAGCUACACGGCAAAAUAUGAAUAUUCUGACAAAGCAUUAUUAUCUUUGUAAUAUGCUGGCUUUGAUUAUAUUUAGCAUCAAAAUAUUUCUAGUGUCAGGUACUGGCCAGUGUUAUUUACAUUUUAUCGAUAUAGUCCUUUAGAAAACAAAAGACUUCUAAAAUAAUGUGUAUAAAUUUGUGUAAAUAAUCUAUGAAAUAAAGUUAAAUACAAACAAA